UCUGGGAGGGAGACCAACAUGUUGAUGGUUUGUAAAUUAUAUAUACAUUUAUUGAAGGAAAUAAAAAUGGUAAUCCUGGAAAAGAAAAAAUUCCACUGAAAUUAAAGAUAUCUCCAAGUGUUUGAAGAUUGCAUAUAGAAAGGUUGAAGAACAAAUAUGGACCGAAGUGACAGAGAUAUAGAUUCCAGAGUUGAUUCAAAUGCAAUGAAUUAUCCCAGGAUGUGGUGACAUGUCCACCAAUGAGUUUUAACUGGAGACACAGAUUAUAUAGGAGGCUGGGAAACUGAAAAUUUUUUGAAAUAUGGAUUAGACUAAAUGCCUUCUGAAGUCCCUUAUAACUCUCAAAUCCUCAUGGAUUUGUCACUUCUCUAGGACAGUCACUCUUGUCAUGAUGAGGGUUGGGGUCAGGAAAAUUUCAAGUUUUUGGAGGACUCAUUGUAAAGGGAGAUUUCUGCUCCUGACUGUGGGCUGGAUCUGAUGACCUUGGAGGGACUUUUCCCUUCUGAUAUUCUGUUAUAAGUCUCUACUACUCAAUGAUUGUGAUGAGGUAGUUGGGAUAGUAAGGGAAGAGGACUUGUAAGUAAUUCAUGGCCAAAGAAAGCACCUAGAAGAGAUUACUCUGCACCUGAAGUUGUCAGGGCUGCACCUGCAUUGCCCAAGGUUAGCACAAGGAGCUUACAGGGAGUACCAUGGUUAAUAGCAGUAGACUUUGAAUUGGGAAACCUCAGUUCAAAUAUUACUCAGAAACUUAUUAACUAUGUUAUUAAUUCCUCAUCUACAAAAUGGGGACAAUAAUAUUACCUCCUUCACAGUAAGUUUUGAGGAUCAAAUGAGAUAAUAUAUUUUUUGCAAGCAUCAAUGUUUUUAUUAUUAAUAAUAUUAUCAUUAUUACAUGUGUGUCAGUUAAGACUAUGGAUCUUGUAAUCACUUGGUGUGUUGUGGCUGAGAGUUUCUGAUCUUACACAGUGAUUUCUGCCUGAAGCUCAGAAUAACUUCAGAAAGAAUUAUACCUGAUGUAACACCUUGUAUCAGCCUCAGAGUCCAUAUGGCCACUUGCUGAUACAAGGACACCCAUGGGUCACCAGCUGAGGAGGAAGAAACAUUAAAAACAGAGAAAGUAAGCUUCUUAAUUAACUCAAAGUUUUUCAGGUCCCAUGAGCUUUAUCAGGAGCAGGGAGAGAGAUUCAAAAACAUAUUUUUCCCUUUCUGUUUUGGUUCUCCUGUUGGACUCAAUGACAGAGCUUGAGAUGCUUCAGGUAGAGAUGGUCCCAAGAGCUUCUCCAUGGCUGAGGAUGAAGACUGAUGUCAGGGGAAAGGCAGGUACCUGCCCACUCUCAAAACAAGAUCAUUAGGAAAGUUUCUAAUCUCAGAAACAGUGAUGCUUAAAUACUCCUCUCCUUCCAUCACUCCCCCAAACAAAUGCCUGCCUCAUGUUCAUUUGUGUUUGUGUGGGCACCUAGAAUAGGUCUUGGCACUCAGAGGUGAUUUUUCAGAGGCUGGACAUUCUCCAUCAUGGCAAGACCCAGGGAGGUGACCUUCUGCUAGUCACUAACUGACUACCUCUCUGCUUGGGAUUUUACUGAUGUUCACAGUGAUGCCUCCCAGAUUUCAGAGACAAAUUUCCCAUAUGAUUCCUGUCCUUCUGUUAAUGCUCCUUCAGCUCUCACUUUCUGUGCAUAAGACAGAGAAGGCCACUUGUUUCCUAAAAAACAGUCCCAGUCUCUCCAGAGAUGGAGAACUAAUUAUUGGGAGUUUUUUCCCCAUGCAUUCCGUACAAGUGAGAAAUGUCACAGGAGCAGGUCUCUUUCAAAGUGAUCCUGACAAGAGUUGUGGAGAUUAUAAGUGGCUGCACAAAAAUUACCAGCAGGUCCUGGCCCUGCUAUUUGCUGUGGAGGAAAUCAACAGGGACCCCAAUCUGUUGCCCAAUAUUUCUUCCCUGGGAUUCCAUGUUUACAAUGCCUACCACAGUGGUGAGAGGACCUUGGAGAGCUCCCUGAGAUGGCUGUCUGGGCUGGGCCAGCUCAUCCCUAACUAUAGCUGCUAUGGGCAGGACAAGUCUGUGGCUAUCAUUGGAGGAGCCACAUCAGCUCUCUCUAUCCAGAUGGGGACCCUACUUGAGCUCUACAAGUUUCCACAGAUCAGCUAUGGGCCUUUUGAUUCCACCCUGAGUGACAAGGCCCAAUUCUCUUCACUCUACCAGAUGGCCCACAAGGACUCUUCCCUGCACCGUGGUAUGAUCAGAUUAAUGGUACAUUUUGAAUGGACAUGGGUAGGUCUGGUGACCACAGAUGAUAUGAGAGGUGAAGAAUUCCUCUGGAACUUAAGAAAGGACAUGAUUAAGUAUGACAUCUGUCUGGCCUAUACUGAGAAGUUGCCAGUCAGUGAGAGAAGACACACAGAAUCUCAGGAUCAGUUCAUGCCACGUAUUAUGCAAUCCCCGGUCAGAGUCAUCAUCGUUCAUGGUGACACAGAUUCACUCAUGAUCCUUAGAUAUUCACAGCCUGUGUUUUUAUUCCUGUGGAAGGUCUGGAUCACCACAUCUCAUUGGGACAUCCCCAUGAGACCCCAGUGGAAUGAUGGCUACAGUUUCCAUGGAGCACUUUCAUUUUCACAGAUGACAAAGGAGAUACCUGGUUUCAAGUCCUUUCUCAGGAUAGUAAACCCUUCCACAUACCCAGAGGACCCUUUAUUGAAGGAGUUCUGGUGCUCAGCAUUCAAAGGCCUGAAGAAACUGAAAAAUGAGGAGCCAAAUGAAUGCUCACCAAAUGGCUCCUUGGAAACUCUUCCUCUUCAAUUCUUUGACAUGGCAAUGUCUGAUAUGAGUUACACCAUCUACAAUGCUGUGCAUGCUGUGGCCAGGGCCCUUCAUGAAAUGCUCCUGGUGACAUCAGAAAAAGAACCUAUAAGACAUGGAGAAACCUUGGAGGCUCAGCCAUGGCAGCUCCACAAUUUUCUGAAGAGCAUCCACUUUAACAACAGUGCUGGUGACCAUGUGUUUUUGGAUGAUAAAGGAAAUUCUGAGGCUCAUUAUAACAUUUUCGAGUACUUGUUCUUUCUCAAUGACACUGAAAAUAUGGUGAAAGUGGGACAGUUUAUUCCAAAUGCACCAUAUGGUCAAGAUCUUACUAUUCGUAAUGAGGCUAUGGUGUGGGGCUGGUUUGAGCCAAAGGUUCCUCAGGCUGUGUGCAGUGAUAGCUGUGGCCCUGGAUUCAGGAAAACCCCACGGGAGGGUGAACCUGUCUGUUGCUUUGACUGUCCUUUGUGUCCAGAGGGGGAGAUUUCCAAACAAAUAAAUAUGAAGCAUUGUGUGAAGUGUCCUGAAGAUGAGUAUCCCAAUAAGGAGAGAAAUCACUGCCUCCCCAAAGCCAUUACCUUCCUGGAUAUCAAAGAACCUCUGGGAAUGUCUCUAGCUUCUGUGGCUCUUUUCUUCUCUGUGCUGACAGUCCUAAUUCUUGGAGUGUUUGUGAAGUUCCGAGAUACAUCUGUAGUCAAAGCCAAUAACAGGGCCCUCAGCUACACUCUCCUCAUCUCCCUCACCUUGUGUUUCCUCUGCUCCUUGCUCUUCAUUGGCCGUCCCACUGCAGCCACCUGCCUCCUCCGACAAACAAUUUUUGGGGUGGUGUUCACUCUGGCUGUUUCUUCCAUUUUAGCAAAAACCAUUCUGGUAGUUCUGGCCUUCAAGGUUACAAAACCAGGGAGCAGGAUUAAGGUAUGGCUGCAACCUAGAGUGUCCAACUGUAUUGUAGUCCUUUGCUCUGGGAUUCAAGUGAUUCUGUGUGGCAUCUGGCUGGGAAUAUCUCCCCCUUUUCCAGACACAGAUAUACAUUCUGAACCCAAUCAGAUCAUCGUUGAAUGCAAUGAAGGCUCUGUCUUUGGUUUCUACUCUGUCUUGGGUUACAUUGGCCUGUUAGCCCUGGCCAGCUUCAUAGUGGCUUAUUUGGCCAGGAGCCUGCCUGACACCUUCAAUGAAGCCAGGUUCAUCACCUUCAGCAUGCUGGUGUUCUGCAGUGUGUGGGUCUCCUUCCUGCCCACCUACCAGAGCACCAAGGGCAAAGCCAUGGUGGUGGUGGAGAUCUUCUCCAUCCUGGCCUCCAGUGCUGGCUUACUGGGCUGCAUCUUUAUUCCCAAGUGUUAUGUAAUCUUGCUGAGGCCACAUAAUGCAAGAGUAAGAAGCAUUUGUCUGGAGAAAUUGAAAGGAUUAGCAAAUGAAUAAUUGUGGAAAUCCAUGAAAACUCACUGAAUCAGUCUGGUGACUCGUUUCUGGAACUAUCACACUUCUCUUGGAAUUGAAUUAUAAGAUUAGUCAAAAUUUUUAACGAUGAGAAAACUUUUAAUUUUGGAAACUCAGAAAAAAACUGUUUAAACAGUUUUUGAAACUAGCCCUCUUUCAAUGGGAAAGUGGACCAUGUAUACAUCAUCUGUAAAGACUCAUUAACAUAUAUCCAAGUUAUCUUAACCAGAAAUGCAGUCAGAUCCUAAGAAUGAUAUAAGGAGUUUUCUCAUAAUUAGACAUCUCAAGCAGCCUAUAUGUUUUGUCUUAAAACUGGACACAUACUGAUCAAUUAAUUGUUGUUUUCAUGUUUAUUUGAUUACAUACAAACACUUGGGAGAAUAAAACAUCCCUUUUUCAUUCUUUUGCUUUCUUUUCUUUCUUCUUUUCCCAACAUGAAAAGUCUCUAAUUUCUACUCAAUUACAAAUCAGAUUAUUUAUAGUGUAUAGUUUUUUAAAAUUAAUUGAUCUUAUGAGAUUAAUUAUUUUUUAAUAUAUAAGAUAUCCAUUUGAGUUUAAAGUUCAGCUCCAAGAUGAUGGAGAGGACCUUGUCCUGAUCUGUUAAGCCACUGAUAUUCUUUACUUAAUAAAUAAAUGGAUAAGAUCACAAGAUAAA